AAUUUGUUUUGUUUGCUAGAUGAAAUCAAAGUAAUUUUGAUUGCCAUGUGAUAUCUGUUUUAUUGGUGGUCUGAAAUCUUUCAUGCUUUCCAUUCAAAACCCCUAUUUUGAGGGGUUUGUAAGCACAGUUCAAUAAAAAAAACUAGCUAAAAACUUGGAAUUCAUGAUCUUGGUUCAAUAUGAGGUACUUACUUUAACAAAAUUUUAAAUAGUUCUUUUUCAAAAUUGUGAGGAGUACAAAGAGGAAUAAAGGAAUUUCUUGGUUAAACCAGGAAUAUUUUUCUGGCCAACUUAUCCCAAUUAGAUUUACAUAGCAAACUUUCCUCUUCUAGAAAUUAUUUAAGUAUGUAUGUUCUUAGGUUCCAUUUGCCACAAGAACUCGCCUCAAAAUGUUCCUUUUCCUUUUGCUAUAGUUUGUAACAAAUACCCUCUGCCUCUGCUCUUUUUUUCCUACACAUUUAUGCUUUUUAAAUUCUCUCUAGUAUAUUUGCAUUAAAAAUGGCUUUAUGUUUUGGCUUUCUUUGGGCUUUCCCCCCCUUCCUCUUGCAUGACCAGCUUGAAUAAGCAGUAUAUAGCUACCUAUUGUUGGAAAAGCAGCAUUAACUUUGAGUGAUGGUAUAGUUUGAAUAGUGUGGACUUGGCUGAAAAUAAGUUUCUAAAGUGUAAACCUUAAACACGCUGCCGUGGAGGUUUCACUUGAGGAGCAGACUUUCGAACUAGGUUUUCUUCUUCUUCUGGAAAGUGUGGAUGUCAGCUUGAGUACUUUCACAGUCUGUUUUUAACCUGUUUUGCAUAGUGAACACUUAACUACUAUUGGUCCAUAAAGGUGUUUGUGGGUUUUGGUUGCUUUUAUUUCACUUCUUAUUUUUUGAAAAUCAUUUCCUGAAAACCUAGUACAGAAAUGUUACUUACUCCAGGAAGUGAGAUGAUGAUCUUUUGGAAAGCUUUACUUUCUAAAGAAAAUUUGCUUCAGGCAAGAGGUUUUUAGGUGCUGCUGAAAUUUUGGAGAUCUGGGAAGAUGGAGAAAUAACAUGACACCAGCUCUGAAGCAGCAACAUCUGCUGUGGUUCAAAGCCACACAAAGAAAGCCACUGAAGCACUCGAAUGUUUUGGACUGCACGGACAAGUGUGGUUCAGCUAUAAAGACUGCAGAGUGGAGAAAACUUAAAGUUUGGAGGAGCUGAUAAAAAAUGGAGUCGUGGAAGAUGAGCAUCUUCAAGAAACAAACAUCCCCUUGUCCUCCAAGCUAUCGAAGAUCUUUAUCAGAACCUGCUUAUGCAGAUUCAGAGGUAGGAACGAGCUUAAAGAUUUAUCCAUGGUGUGGUCCGGUGAAAAGCAAGAGGAAGAAAAGUGAAAAUGCUGUUUCCAGUCUAGAAAAGCCACUGUGUGCUUAUCGGUGGCAAAAGCAUCCCAGCUUUAGAUGGAAGGGGGGCAAAGGAGAGAGAUUGCAACAUAGAGCAAGAGACCUGGAGGAUGCACAGCAAAACGUCCUGCCAAAGAGGGUUGAUGAAGCUGCGGCCUCUGCUCAGGAGGUCCUCGGAACAUCAGCAGAGAAGCUGAACCCGGCCAGCACCCAGUCACUUCGGUCUCCAUUCACCAGAUCUGUUUCAGAACCGGAACCCCGCUGCGGUAUCAGAGUUGUUAGAGCGUGGCCGGCUUCAGUGGGGCCAGUGGAGGCUGAAGAGCAGGGAUAUUUUAUCCGUGGCAUUUUCUCUACUCUGUCUAAUGGCUUCUCCAGGAUGCUGAGUCUAAGAGGAGAAUCAGCCAAUGAGCCAAUGAGAGAAGAAGAUGUUAAAGGACCACCUACCCACCGCCUGUCUUGCGGUCAGUCCCCCUACACUGAGACAACAACAUGGCAGCGGAAGUAUUGCAUCCUUACCGACAGCCAGUUGGUGUUGCUCAACAAGGAGAAGGAGAUACCUGUGGAAGGGGGCCAGGAGCAGCAGGCAGACUCCACCAAAGGGCGGUGCCUCAGGAGAACUGUCAGCGUCCCUUCCGAGGGUCAGUUUCCUGAGUACCCACCAGAGGGCGCCACUAAACUGGAGGUGCCGGCAGAAAGGUCCCCCCGCAGACGGAGUAUCUCAGGGACCAGCACAUCAGAGAAACCCAACUCCAUGGACACUGCCAAUACCUCACCCUUCAAAGUACCAGGUUUCUUCAGCAAGCGUCUGAAAGGCUCCAUCAAGAGGACCAAAAGCCAAUCAAAGCUUGACAGAAACACGAGUUUCCGGCUUCCAUCCCUUCGUAACACAGAUGACAGGUCUCGUGGGCUGCCCAAACUGAAAGAGUCCCGUUCCCAUGAAUCCUUGCUGAGCCCGUGCAGUGCAGUAGAAUGUCUGGAUCUUGGUAGAGGGGAGCCUGUAUCAGUGAAACCUCUCCAUAGUAGCAUCCUCGGACAAGACUUCUGCUUUGAGGUUACCUACUUAAGUGGAAGUAAAUGCUUCAGCUGUAACUCUGCUUCAGAGAGAGAUAAGUGGAUGGAAAACCUUCGCAGGACAGUUCAACCAAAUAAGGACAACUGCAGACGAGCUGAAAAUGUUCUCCGUUUAUGGAUCAUUGAAGCCAAGGACCUUGCCCCUAAAAAGAAAUAUUUCUGUGAACUGUGCCUUGAUGAUACCCUCUUUGCUCGUACAACCAGCAAGACCAAAGCAGACAAUAUUUUUUGGGGCGAACAUUUUGAAUUCUACAGCCUUCCACCUCUUCAUAGCAUCACGGUUCACAUUUACAAGGAUGUGGAAAAAAAGAAAAAAAAGGACAAGAAUAAUUAUGUAGGGCUAGUGAACAUCCCCACUGCCAGUGUGACUGGUCGCCAAUUUGUAGAAAAGUGGUAUCCAGUGAGUACGCCUACACCCAACAAAGGAAAGACCGGAGGGCCUUCUAUUCGGAUUAAAUCGCGUUUCCAAACCAUCACCAUUCUGCCUAUGGAGCAAUACAAAGAAUUUGCAGAAUUUGUCACCAGCAACUACACCAUGCUGUGCUCUGUCCUUGAGCCAGUAAUUAGCGUGAGGAAUAAAGAGGAGCUGGCUUGUGCCUUAGUGCACAUUCUGCAGAGCACGGGCAGAGCCAAGGAUUUUCUGACCGACUUGGUGAUGUCUGAGGUGGAUCGUUGUGGCGAGCAUGAUGUCUUAAUCUUCAGAGAGAACACCAUUGCCACCAAAUCCAUUGAGGAAUACCUCAAGUUGGUGGGACAGCAAUAUCUUCAUGAUGCAUUGGGGGAGUUCAUCAAAGCUUUGUACGAGUCGGAUGAGAACUGCGAAGUGGACCCCAGCAAAUGUUCCUCUAGUGAACUGAUAGACCAUCAGAGCAACCUGAAGAUGUGCUGCGAGCUGGCUUUCUGCAAGAUCAUCAACUCUUACUGUGUUUUCCCUCGUGAAUUGAAAGAAGUGUUUGCGUCCUGGAAGCAGCAGUGCCUGAGUCGAGGCAAGCAGGACAUCAGCGAGCGGCUCAUCAGUGCCUCGUUGUUUCUCCGUUUCCUGUGCCCAGCCAUCAUGUCGCCCAGUCUUUUCAACCUGAUGCAGGAGUAUCCUGAUGACCGCACCUCUCGGACACUCACUCUCAUCGCCAAGGUCAUUCAGAACCUGGCCAACUUCGCCAAGUUUGGUAACAAAGAGGAAUACAUGGCAUUCAUGAAUGACUUUUUAGAACACGAAUGGGGUGGAAUGAAGCGCUUUCUUUUGGAGAUCUCUAAUCCAGACACCAUCUCAAACACCCCGGGCUUUGAUGGUUACAUUGAUCUGGGCCGAGAGCUUUCAGUUUUGCAUUCCUUACUGUGGGAAGUAGUUUCCCAACUUGAUAAGGGUGAAAAUUCCUUCCUACAGGCGACCGUGGCAAAACUGGGGCCUCUCCCUCGCGUUCUUGCUGAUAUCACCAAGUCUCUGACUAACCCUACGCCAAUACAGCAGCAGCUGAGACGCUUCACAGAGCAUAGCUCAAGUCCAAAUGUCAGUGGAAGCCUCUCUUCCGGGCUGCAGAAAAUAUUUGAAGACCCCUCUGACAGCGAUCUGCACAAGCUGAAGUCUCCCAGCCAGGACAACACAGACAGCUACUACCGAGGGAAGACGCUGCUGCUGGUCCAGCAAGCCUCCUCGCAGAGCAUGACUCACUCUGAGAAGGAGAAGGAAGGCAGCCUGCCCAACGGCCGCAGCAUCUCCCUCAUGGACCUGCAGGACGCGCACGCGGCGCAGGUGGAGCACGCGUCUGCGGUCCUGGACGUGCCGCUGCGCCUGACCGGAAGCCAGCUUUCCAUCUCCCAGGUGGCCAGCCUCACGCAGCUGCGGGAAGCCCAGAGCACGCCCCAGAGCGCGCCCCAAGUGAGAAGGCCCCUGCACCCAGCCCUGAGCCAGCCAGGCAGCCUGCAGCCCUUGUCAUUCCAGAACCCCGUCUACCACCUCAGUAACCCGAUUCCGUCGAUGCCAAAGGCCUCCGUGGAUUCCAGUUUGGAGAACCUGAGCACUGCCAGUUCCAGAAGCCAAAGCAACAGUGAAGACUUCAAACUCAGCGGGCCCAGCAACAGCAGCAUGGAAGACUUCACCAAACGCAGCACGCAGAGCGAGGACUUCUCCAGGCGGCACACUGUGCCGGACAGACACAUACCUCUUGCUCUCCCACGGCAAAACAGUACUGGGCAGACCCAAACCCGAAAAAUGGACCAGGCCGGGUUGGGUGCCCGAGCCAAAGCCCCGCCCUCCCUGCCACAUAGCGCCUCGCUCCGCAGCACCGGGAGCAUGUCCGUGGCGUCCGCAGCUCUGGUGGCCGAACCCGUGCAGAACGGGAGCCGCUCUCGGCAGCAGUCCUCCUCCUCCAGAGAGAGCCCUGUCCCCAAAGUGAGAGCCAUCCAGAGACAGCAGACGCAGCAGGUUCAGUCACCCGUGGACUCUGCCACCAUGUCGCCUGUGGAGAGGACAGCAGCCUGGGUUCUGAACAACGGGCAGUACGAGGAGGAUGUGGAGGAAACUGAGCAGAAUCCAGACGAAGCGAAGCAUGCUGAGAAGUACGAACAGGAAAUCACGAAGCUGAAGGAGCGCCUGCGAGCGUCCAGCCGGCGGCUGGAGGAGUACGAGCGGCGCCUGCUGGUGCAGGAGCAGCAGAUGCAGAAGCUGCUGCUGGAGUACAAGGCCCGGCUGGAGGCCAGCGAGGAGCGGCUGCGCAGGCAGCAGGAGGACAAGGACAGCCAGAUGAAGAGCAUCAUCAGCAGGCUAAUGGCUGUAGAGGAAGAACUGAAGAAGGAUCACGCUGAGAUGCAGGCGGUUAUCGACGCAAAGCAGAAGAUAAUUGACGCGCAGGUCAUAAAUGGAGAUGAAAUUAUUCAAACAGGAAAAACGGAUCGUGUCGCUGGAUUCGGCCAACACCAGGCUGAUGAGCGCGCUGACGCAGGUGAAGGAGCGCUACAGCAUGCAGGUGCGCAACGGCAUCUCCCCCACCAACCCCACCAAGCUUUCCAUCACGGAGAAUGGUGAAUUCAAAAACAGCAGCUGCUGACGGGCCGUGCGGGAGACCCGAGGAGGCUGCCCCGCGCGCCCGCCCCAGGCCCCUCCAGGUCGACGGAACGUUGCCCCUUCGGAACGGCAGUGUGGCGGUGUGGUGAGGACCUCGGGAAUGAAGGAGGAAACCUUGUCUUUCAGGGCAUAAGGCGAAGACUUCCAAGGUCAAUGCUUCCCCACCCCCCGUGUGUCUAUGUACAUAGGGAACUUAGUUCUGGGCCAUGUACAGAAAAUACCACUGUAAUAUACCAAAUGGGAGUUAAUAAUGUAGAAUACCUUUUUAAUUAUUGCUAUUUUUAUUAUUGUUUUUCCUCUUGUUGAAAGCACUGCAGUUGUUGAGGAAAAGUAGGAAGUGCGUGUGCGUGCGACGUGAGCCUGUGGGUGCCGCAGGCAGAGGCCACACGUCUGUCUGCUGGAAGUACGUGGCGUGCCCUGGGGCCUCGUCAGAAGGAGUUUUUCAGGGAUUCGUCUGCCAGUUUAGAAACCCCACCUGCGCCCCCACGUCCUUUAGGAAAACAUGCAGAUACCAAGAUCCGAAACAGUCAUCUGCCAGCGACCGGCCACGCCUGGAUCUGGUUGGACAGCUAAUCCGAUCCGGGGCUCACCGCGUCCGAGGACACAGGGCAGAGCUGCUCUGUGCCUCUCUGGCGCCCCCGUCCGUGUCUGCUCUGUUUUCCAUGGGGGACUUUGUUUACCCUGGUUGUAAUCAAGAGUGGACUUCUUCCUCUUUAGAGUUUACAGAGCUGUAAAUCUAUGUGUCUCCACUACCAUCCUCAUCUUCACACGUCCUUCCACUGCCCUUCCCUCUAGCUGGUGGGAGCAGUCUUCAGCCAACAGGGUCUACUCUCCCCUGGAGAGGUUAUUCCAGUGUGCUGUCCCUAAGCAUCCAAACUGAACACCCUUUCUUCCACAUAGAAAAGGGCUAACCAUACCAUCGCAGGAAUCUGAGUAUUUCCUAGGAAAAAAUUGUUUUCUAUUUGUAAGUUCUAAUGCCUGUUUGGGAUGAAGAGCGUAUCCAUUGUAACUAGCAGGUCUGUGGGCAGGGUAAUUUUAUCUCUAUCUCUACCUUUUAAAUAGUUCCUUCUGCCUCCUAUCCCUUCCGUAAAAUUUGGAAAGGAAAUCCAAACCUGAAGCAUCGUCGGCUCAGAAGUGACGAUGGCUCUCACACAGGUUCCCAUUGUUACUCCCAUGCCCUUGGGAGAUCUGGCAGUAACGACCCAGUCUCAACACUUGUCAUCCUCGUCUUUAUUAAUAGAGGACAAAAAAAAGCUGUGGCAGCCAACUUGCUUCCUUUUUUCCAGAGGUGUGGAAUUGUGUGCAUUAUCCAGACAUUCUGUAAACAAAUAGAUAUACACAUAUAUACACACGUAUGUACAUAGAACUGCACUAACAGGAGGAGGUCCUGCCUUCUGUGCCGUCAGAUAUGUUAAAGGGUCUUCAAUCUCUUUCCACAAGAUGUAAGCAAUUUUACAUUGAGGAAGCAAUAGCAUUUCUCAAGUAAGUUAAUGAUGUUUAUUUUAAAUUAUAAAAUUUAAGGAAAAGCAAUUUAAAAAAAAAAAAGAAAGAAAGAAAAGGGGAGGGAGAAAGACCUGGGGGAGUGCGCUGUGUGGAGCGAGUCCUUCUGCGUAAUGGCGGGUGUGGCCGGGAGCAGGAGACACUGGCCAGUGCCCUCUGGAGGGAGGCCCGGACGCAGGCACCAAGCCCCCCUCUCACCAGGUCCCAGGCCUGCGCUUCGGCAGCAUGCCCAUGGCCCCAGCCCCUCACCCUCUCCACACAGCCCCAUGCCUGACGGAGGGCGACGCCGGGAGCCCUCCAGUCCGCUUAUCUGAUCUGCGGACUUCAAGCCACGCUGUUUUGGCACUGGUGUGUUUUCUUGGCCCUUGGCAGUUAUUUUACAAAUUCUUGUCUGUUCCUUUCAAGCCGAGGGCACGCUGUGGCCAAAAUCACUUAUCUGAACAGGACACAGAGGUUACCAGGAGUCAUGUCGCGUGUUGGGGGAAAGGCUGUGAACACCAGUCUCUUCUUGUUCGUGGCGACUCCCAGCUCCAGCCACAUUUAAUUCAUUCUUUGUAAAAAGCCUUCAGCCGUGCUGCAGAAGACCCAGGGAAAGACUGUCAGUUUCAGUGGCCUUAAGUACGUGAGUGAUGUGGGUGAUGUCUUCCAUGGAGGCUGUGGAAGUCUCGGGCGUUGGUACGCAUUACAGAGGGCUGAUGGACUCACCCGUGCUGGGGACUGAGCGGAGACACAGAACAGCAGCUCUGUUUCUGACGGAUGCAACGCGUCUCUGUUAGUGUUGUGAGAGCUCUGUGGAGUGGUCCACAUUGGAAGAUCAGGCACCCCGAACAUUCAUGCAGGUGGUGUAGCCCUCUACCAUCAGGCUAAUCUUGAAUGAAGAAAAGAAUAAAAACAUAAGACGGUUGGAAGUAAGCAGAAAGUUCGAAGCUAUUACCAGACAUUAAAUUUUAGAUUAUCCUUUGAGCCUGCUCCUUCCCAAACAUUUUUCUGAGUAUAUCCUUAGAGAAUGGAAGAAGGCAGCAACAGGCGGGGUGGCAUUGUGACGCGGCAGGUUAAGCUGCAGCCUGUGACACCGGCGCCACAUGGGCACCAGUCCAAGUCUCGGCUGCUCCACUUCCGAGCCAGCUCCCUGCUAAUGCACCUGGGGAAGCAGUAGAAGAUGGCCCGAGUGCUUGGGUCCCUGCACCCAUGUGGGAGAUCUGGAUGAGGCUCCUGGCUCCUAGCCUUGGCCUGGCCCAGCCCUGGCCAUUGCAACCAUUUGGGGGGUGAACCAGCAGAUGAGGCUCACUCUGUCCCCUCUUUCUCUCUGUAACUCUGCCUUUCAAAUAAAUACAUCUUUUUAAAAAGCAGCAACAGGUAAUGAUUUUCACAGGGGCGUUGCUUACUUGGCCUUUCUUCAGCCCAAAUAGGCACAGCCCUUUGCUUUACGGGGAGGAGGCACACGGUUAGGUGAGGGGCCAUGCCUGACAUUUCACGCCUCCCUCAGAACGUCACCAUCUCACGGGGUGCAGCACAGGAGCAGGGUUGCACAGACAUCUGAAGUUAAGGUGAAGCGCUUGCAGAGUGUCUAGCCGACAAGCACACUUGGCCGUGAACAGGGAGUUAUUCCUAGGACUCAGAAGACAGAGGUCCCUGCUCCCCUUUCACACCCCUGAGCGAUAAGCUGUCUGAGCUGAAGCUGUGAAAGCAUUUUGUUUCCGUCGGGUCAUCGUGUUCCCCGAGUCCCAGCAGUCAAGGCCAUGACAGAGAGCAGAUCACCGGGUAACUACUGUAGCAGGCACCAAGCAAGCCAUCUGUCCAAGGCGGGCAGCCUGUCCAGAUCCGGGAAAGCGAGGGAAUCAUGCCGCUACAGCCCUUUGCCUUUUGUUACUGUUGUUCAUUUAGUCUCCAGUUGGAAUCCGCUUUCUCUGACGUCCUCCCUUUCUCCGUGAUGGCGGUAGGCAGCAGCAGAAAGAUUUCCUGUCUCAGAAUACUGUGAGCAUUGACUGUGCGCCCUGGAGAAUGAGGCUGACUUUGGAUGUCAGUGUGUGGCUUUUGUUUCUGGAUCUGUGCCUCUAUGGACCCUUGGCUUUCACUCUGCCUUCCAGGGUACACUGGAUUUGGGAGCAGAAUUCUUUUCUGGAAGUACCAGAGCAAGACAGCCGCCGUCCAGUGAGUUUGCAUUUGUUGUUGGGUUUCCCGCAAGGCUGAGUUUCUGAUAAGCCAGGCAGUGAUGGCACUGAGCUGGGGGAAGGGAUCCUCUCGGGAUUCCCUCCGUCUCAUCUGUCACGCCAUCGUCACAAGCCCGCCACCAGACGGGCUUUCUCACUGGGCAGCUCCAGCAGCUCCGGAGGCCAUGACCUCCCCUGCAUUUUGAGUCUCACCUUUGCAGGCCCCUUCUCCUUCAAAUAGUGGGAAGCCAAAGGGCCUCCUUCUCCAUCCCUCUUCCCUUUUCAAGUCUCAUAACGAAAUUCUCUGCUUGCCCCCAGCAAUAAGUAGUGGCUUUCCCACCCCUUACCUGGAAGCCAAAAAUGUGGGAGACUCUGUUUUUCAUCAAUGUCGGUAGAAAGGACUUAGCUAAUUUCUUAAACGCAAGAAUCACUGGGGUGCUGAAUUUUACAUAGAAUCUCGUUUGAAUGGUUGUUUCUCGUUCUAGAAGCAUUCGCUUGUGGUCACGGCCUAGUGAUUAACGCUCUCGGAGUUUGAGAAAGACAAAAGUGAUGUAAUUUGCAUGAGAUGGACUAGGUGCUACCUUAGGAGCAGUGAAAGGACCCGAAGGAGAUGGGUGACCCAGGAGACUGAGGCGUGAAGUCUUCUGGGCAGCUCAGAGGUUCGAGGACACGGGAGGAUUUGUAUCCUUUGCCCACGCCUAAAAUACACAGAUGUGCGGCAGGGUGGUUUUUGUAGACACGUGCGUCCUCACACGAAACACACCAUGCCUAGGGCUUCUGUUUGCUGAAUGUUAACCCAGCUCAGUUCACAAGCAGUGGCUCCCAAACUCUCCUGAGUGUGUUUCAGAUUUGCUGCGCUCAUCCUAUCCUCUUGACAGUGUACUAUAUGUGUUAUAUGUAUAUAUAAGUUAAAAUGACUUUGAGUUGAUUGGGUUUGAAUUUGAAGAACUCUAGAUGUCUUUAUUGAUGCCAGAGGGAGUCAUAGGAAGUUGAACGUCACUGGUCUGCCAGUAGGAUUCAGAGAGAAGCGGCUUUGGCUCCUGAUCAGUUCAUCCUCAGGUGUCCGCGUAACCCACUAAGCAAGACUCGGCAAAGGCAGUGAGCCGCCGGGCAGAGGUCGUGUUUGCCCGUGCUUCCGCGUGCCUUUCCGCGUCCCACCGGGCUGUUCUCUCAGACGCCCUCAGUUUUCCCUCAGCAACUGCUUGGUGUGGGACUUAAAACCAGAUUUAUUCUGUUGGUACAGAGACACUUCCACAGAAGCUGUGCUGUGGGGACGUCCAUCAUCUGCGUGAUGGGGCUGCAAAAUUUAUGUGCGUACACGCAUCCUCUUUAUGUCACAUCCAAACUCCCAGUGGGAGAAUUUCAGUCCCACUCCCCCAGCAGAGGAAAUACUAAUUGUCACAGUCACCACUACCCUGCAAAAAAGUUGAGAUUAGUAAAGGUUAAAUCUUGCCUGGUGCUUAGACAUUUCUUAGUCACACGAGAACUCAGCUCACGCGGACAGCAGCACCUUAACCCGAGUCACUCCCAGGACGAAUUUACCUUCUAAGCCUGAUUUUGUUUUUUCAUCCCCAGGGCCUUAACAAGAGUGUGUUAAUACACAUGACUAUUUUACAAUGAUAGCUCUAAAUAAUUUAUUUUUUAUUUCAAGAGAGAGAUACACCUUAGAAAAACAAAACCCAAGAUUUGGUUUUUAUUUUUAAAGCCAUAUUUUUGUGCUAGUAGCACGUAGAUUGUUCCAUAUGUGAGAUCCAUACCUGCAUUUCAUUACCUGGGUUUGUUCUAAAGAAGAUUUAUUUUUGUUCUGUGAAUAAUUUUUGACGGUUCUUGUACAUGUACAGAUAUAGAUACGUUUGAGGUCUUUUAUUGAUAUUCCUACAAAGACUACAAAUAAACUUUAACUUUAAGCAUUUCA